UUGAUUAUGUGAUGGCUUCCUACAAGACCUUAGUUGUGUUGUUUGGUGUUUUUGUGAGUUUAUGUUGUUUGAAUAUUGAGGCGAGUGAAGCAGCCCGCCGUCUCCAACAAACACCUUCCUCGUCCGACCAACAUGUCAAUUCACAAUUGCUUACUCUCCCGUUACCAAUACCACCUAUCCGUCUCCCUCCUCUUAUACCAAUACCGCCUAUCCGUCUCCCUCCUCUUAUACCAAUACCGCCUAUCCGUCUCCCUCCUCUUAUACCAAUACCGCCUAUCCGUCUCCCUCCUCUUAUACCAAUACCGCCUAUCCGUCUCCCUCCUCUACCUAUUCUUCCACCUUUAAUACUACCACCAAUAUUUCCUCUUAGACCACCACCUCCUCCUCCUCCAACUACAAUUCCACCCCCGCCACCUCCUCCACCGCCUCCUCCUCCACCAACUACAAUUCCACCUCCUCCACCUCGUCCCAACAUUCCACCAACUUCACCGCCUCUUCCGAGCAUUCCUCCUAUGGCUUUACCACCUCGUCCCAACAUUCCACCAAUUGCUUUGCCUCCUCAACCAACUAUUCCACCAAUUGCUUUGCCCCCACGCCCCAUGAUUCCACCAAUGGCUUCGCCCCCUCGUCCCAUCAUUUCGCCAACUUUACCACCUCGCCCUAACAUUACACCAAUGGCUUUGCCCCCUCGUCCAAUCGUUCCACCGAUAGUAUCACCUCCUCGUCCAAGCAUUCCACCAAUGGCUUCGCCCCCUCGUCCCAUCAUUUCGCCAACUUUACCACCUCGCCCUAACAUUACACCAAUGGCUUUGCCCCCUCGUCCAAUUGUUCCACCGAUAGUAUCACCUCCUCGUCCAAGCAUUCCACCAAUGGCUUCGCCCCCUCGUCCCAUCAUUUCGCCAACUUUACCACCUCGCCCUAACAUUACACCAAUGGCUUUGCCCCCUCGUCCAAUUGUUCCACCGAUAGUAUCACCUCCUCGUCCAAGCAUUCCACCAAUGGCUUCGCCCCCUCGUCCCAUCAUUUCGCCAACUUUACCACCUCGCCCUAACAUUACACCAAUGGCUUUGCCCCCUCGUCCAAUUGUUCCACCGAUAGUAUCACCUCCUCGUCCAAGCAUUCCACCAAUGGCUUCGCCCCCUCGUCCCAUCAUUUCGCCAACUUUGCCACCUCGCCCUAACAUUCCACCAAUGGCAUCACCACCUCGUCCAAUCGUUCCACCGACAGCAUCACCCCCUCGUCCAAGCAUUCCACCAAUGGCUUUGUCCCCUCGUCCAAUCGUUCCACCGAUAGUAUCACCUCCUCGUCCAAGCAUUCCACCAAUGGCUUCGCCCCCUCGUCCCAUCAUUUCGCCAACUUUACCACCUCGCCCUAACAUUACACCAAUGGCUUUGCCCCCUCGUCCAAUUGUUCCACCGAUAGUAUCACCUCCUCGUCCAAGCAUUCCACCAAUGGCUUCACCCCCUCGUCCCAUCAUUUCGCCAACUUUGCCACCUCGCCCUAACAUUCCACCAAUGGCAUCACCACCUCGUCCAAUCGUUCCACCGACAGCAUCACCCCCUCGUCCAAGCAUUCCACCAAUGGCUUUGCCCCCUCGUCCAAUCGUUCCACCGAUAGUAUCACCUCCUCGUCCAAGCAUUCCACCAAUGGCUUCACCCCCUCGUCCCAUCAUUUCGCCAACUUUACCACCUCGCCCUAACAUUACACCAAUGGCUUUGCCCCCUCGUCCAAUCGUUCCACCGAUAGUAUCACCUCCUCGUCCAAGCAUUCCACCAAUGGCUUCGCCCCCUCGUCCCAUCAUUUCGCCAACUUUACCACCUCGCCCUAACAUUACACCAAUGGCUUUGCCCCCUCGUCCAAUCGUUCCACCGAUAGUAUCACCUCCUCGUCCAAGCAUUCCACCAAUGGCUUCGCCCCCUCGUCCCAUCAUUUCGCCAACUUUACCACCUCGCCCUAACAUUACACCAAUGGCUUUGCCCCCUCGUCCAAUCGUUCCACCGAUAGUAUCACCUCCUCGUCCAAGCAUUCCACCAAUGGCUUCGCCCCCUCGUCCCAUCAUUUCGCCAACUUUACCACCUCGCCCUAACAUUACACCAAUGGCUUUGCCCCCUCGUCCAAUUGUUCCACCGAUAGUAUUACCUCCUCGUCCAAGCAUUCCACCAAUGGCUUCACCCCCUCGUCCCAUCAUUUCGCCAACUUUACCACCUCGUCCAAGCAUUCCACCAAUGGCUUCGCCCCCUCGUCCCAUCAUUUCGCCAACUUUGCCACCUCGCCCUAACAUUCCACCCAUGGCCUCACCACCUCGUCCAAUUGUUCCACCGACAGCAUCACCCCCUCGUCCAAGCAUUCCACCAAUGGCUUCGCCUCCUCGUCCCAUAAUUUCGCCAACUUUGCCACCUCGCCCUAACAUUCCACCCAUGGCCUCACCACCUCGUCCAAUCGUUCCACCAAUAGCAUCACCUCCUCGUCCAAGCAUUCCACCAAUGGCUUCGCCCCCUCGUCCCAUCAUUUCACCAACUUUGCCACCUCGCCCUAACAUUCCACCAAUGGCCUCACCACCUCGUCCCAUCGUUCCACCGAUAGCAUCACCUCCUCACCCAAGCAUUCCACCAAUGGCUUCGCCCCCUCGUCCCAUCAUUUCGCCAACUUUGCCACCUCGCCCUAACAUUCCACCCAUGGCCUCACCACCUCGUCCAAUCGUUCCACCGACAGCAUCACCCCCUCGUCCAAGCAUUCCACCAAUGGCUUCGCCCCCUCGUCCCAUAAUUUCGCCAACUUUGCCACCUCGCCCUAACAUUCCACCCAUGGCCUCACCACCUCGUCCAAUCGUUCCACCGACAGCAUCACCUCCUCGUCCAAGCAGUCCACCAAUGGCUUUGCCCCCUCGUCCCAUCAUUUCGCCAACUUUGCCACCUCGCCCUAACAUUCCACCCAUGGCCUCACCACCUCGUCCAAUCAUUCCACCGACAGCAUCACCUCCUCGUCCAAGCAGUCCACCAAUGGCUUCGCCCCCUCGUCCCAUCAUUUCGCCAACUUUGCCACCUCGCCCUAACAUUCCACCAAUGGCUUCACCACCUCGUCCAAUCAUUCCACCGAUAGCAUCGCCACCUGGUCCAAUCAUUCCACCAAUAGCUUCACCACCUCGCCGUAGCAUUCCACCAAUGGCUUCACACCCUUAUCAAUUUAUUCUAUCAACUGCUUAGUCUCCUCGUCCAACCAUUCCAUCAAUAGUUUUGCCACCUCGCCCUAACAAUCCACCCAUUGCUUCACCAUUGUCAUCCUUGUAUUCCAGGGACUGCUCCUCUCAAAGUUCCACUUGUUGGUUCACCUCCUCUACCAUCAAAGUACUAGUGUUACUAGUGUUUCACGAGUUUGCACUGAAAAACCACCAUCUUUAUCUCCACAUUGAAAUUUUAAUUGUUUGAACUUAUGUUUUCAAACCUUAUCAUAUGAACUACUACAACAUCAAUGUAACUUCUUUAAGUUAUAUAUUAAUAAUAAACAUUAUGGUAA